AUGGAGAGAGAAUCUUCGGACGAAGAUGAGGAUCGAGAGAACCUAAUCGACCAAAACGAAAGACCAGGUAAGUCUCCCCCCAAACACUCGACUUUCCACAUUGACGAUUUCAAGAAUGGGAUCACCGGAAAUCGUCGGUUUAGCUUCAAUAAGAGGUUUCUUUUUGCCAUUUUUCUCCCACUUUUCAUCAUCAUAGUUUACUUCUCCACCGACAUUAAAAAUCUAUUCCAAACCAGAGUUUUCGACCUCAAAUUCGAUGCUUCCAUAAAUCGCUUGCGCCAGUCCGAAUUACGCGCUUUGUAUUUGCUGAGAGAACAACAAUUAGGGCUUUUCAAUUUAUGGAAUCGUACAUUUGCUACCCAAUCGAAUUUUACUGCACCAGAUUCUAUGAAUUCUAGUGCCAAUAGUACUGACUCGAGUACGGCAUUACAUGAUCAUUUUUUGCCUUUAUCAUCUUCUGCAUUGCUAGAGGAUAUCAAAUCUGUGGUGCUUAAUCAGAUCAAUUUGAAUAAACAAAUUCAGCAAGUUCUGUUGUCAUCGCAUCAAUCCGGAAAUUUCUUGGAUGUAGCUGAUAAUGUUACGGAUCCUAUUCCUUAUGUUGGCGUGAAUAGGUGCCGGAAAGUCGAACAGAACCCUUCCCAAAGGAGAACAAUUGAGUGGAAGCCGAGAUCGAAUAAGUUCUUGUUUGCAAUUUGCACAUCUGGGCAAAUGUCGAAUCAUUUGAUUUGUUUAGAGAAGCAUAUGUUUUUUGCUGCAGUACUUAGUCGUGUUUUAGUCAUUCCGAGCUCCAAAGUUGAUUAUGAGUUCAGUCGUGUCUUAGAUAUCGAUCACAUAAAUAAAUGCUUGGAGAGCAAAGUUGUUGUUACAUUUGAAGAGUUUGUGGAGAAUAAAAAGAACCAUGUGCACAUAGAUCGAUUUAAAUGCUAUUUCUCCUCGCCACAACCUUGUUUUAUGGAUGAUGAGCACGUUAAGAAGUUGAAGGGGUUGGGGAUUUCAAUGAAUAAACUUGAGUCUGCUUGGGUUGAGGAUGCUAAGAAGCCAAGAAAGAGGACAGUUCAAGAUGUCAUAGCAAAGUUUUCUACUGAUGACGAUGUUGUUGCAAUUGGAGAUGUAUUCUUUGCUGAUGUUGAGAAAGAGUGUGUGAUGCAGCCAGGUGGUCCUAUUGCACACAAAUGUAAGACUCUGAUUGAACCAAGUCGUCUUAUCAUGCUCACUGCCCAGCGAUUCAUCCAAACAUUCAUGGGAGUGAACUUUAUAGCACUUCAUUUUCGGCGUCAUGGGUUCUUGAAGUUUUGCAAUGCCAAAAGCCCAAGUUGCUUUUAUCCCAUUCCUCAAGCUGCUGAUUGCAUUAAUCGAGCAGUUGAAAGAGCCAAUACUCCAGUAAUUUAUCUUUCUACAGACGCUGCAGAAAGUGAAACUGAUUUAUUGCAGUCCCUUGUUGUGCUAAAUGAGAAGAUUGUACCACUUGUGAAGAGGCCAGCUCGAAAUUCAGCUGAAAAAUGGAAUGCUCUAUUAUAUAGACACAGCCUUGAUGGAGAUCCUCAGUUCGUCAUCUUCUCCGUAUGCAGUGCAGCGCCUGCAGACGCAGAGGCCCUCUUCGACUUCGAAUCUUCACUAGACGCUCACAGAGGUAGAAGCAAUCUCCUCCGAAGCUCAGCAGCUGUCCGUCUCCCUCCGCCUUCUAUGAUUGUGGAAGCUAUGCUGGAUAAGACCAUCUGUGCCUUGUCUAACGUGUUCAUUGGAUCAUCCGGAUCAACUUUCACAGACGACAUUUUGCGGCUUCGGAAGGACUGGGGAUCAGCAUCACUAUGUGAUGAGUACCUCUGUCGGGGUGAAGUGCCGAAUUUUAUUGCAGAUGACGAAUGAGGGAUAUAGAUUUGCCCACUUCUGGCCCUUGUCCUGGUUCACCUUUGCUCCAAUAUUUUUUCAUUGCUGAAGAUGGCUAAUUUGGCCUGUAUUCUUGUGUGUGUUUAUAGUGAGUUGGAUGAGUAAUGCUACAAUAUGUGAAAUAGAGUGAAAAUUGGAAUUGUUCCACGAUAAUCAAUUACAAUGUCCUUAAAAUGGAGAAAAUGAGAGAAAUAUUCAUGCAAGGGAGGUUUGGAAAAAGAAAUUGCAGUCUCCUGAUAUGUACAACUAUUAGGCCAGAGCUUUUGACCCAUCCCACGGGGUUUUAAAAAAAAUUUCCCAAAUAAUGGUUGAUUUCAGAGUAAUUUUCAAACCC